GCAGCGUUGGCGACGGCGUGGCGGAAAGCCACGAAGUUUCCGUUGAAACUCGAGGCGCUAGUCAGCGACGGUCUUUCGUGCGGUACGCGCGCUUACGUAGACACGAGGGAACGGCGUGCUCCGAGGCUGCUCGCCGAUCGUCGCGACGAGGAAACCUGAACUCAGGAAUGAGGUGCCGUGCAGAUAAGAUAUCAACAAACGAGACAAUAUGACCGACGAAAGCAAUAAGGGGACGACGGAGAUGGACACCUUCCUCCCUCAGGAUGGAUCCAAUCUCAAGGACGGCGUUUUAUCGGCCAAAUACAAGGUGCAAGUCGCGCCACGCGAUGUCGAAGCCGGACAAGGCGAUGGGAAGGGCUUCGAUCCCUUUACGGAACGCAAAGUGGACAAUCCGACGACGGAUUGCGACACGUUGACGCAUUUAUUGAAGGCCUCCCUCGGCACAGGCAUAUUGGCUAUGCCCAUCGCGUUCAAGAAUGCCGGACUCCUCGUAGGCGUUUUCGCCACGAUACUCGUCGCGUUCGUGUGCACGCACUGCGCCUACAUACUGGUCAAAUGCGCGCACAUAUUGUAUUAUAAAACGCGAACUACGGAGAUGAGUUUCGCGGACGUUGCCGAGACUGCUUUCAGCACCGGACCGCCGUGGGCGAAGAAGUUCGCGAAACCCUCCAGAUAUCUCAUUCAAAUCAGCUUGUUUGCUACCUACUUUGGCACCUGCAGUGUGUACGCAGUCAUCGUCGCCGCGAACUUCAAGCAGAUCAUCGAGCAUUAUCUAGGCCCUGAGAGUGGCGAAUAUAGUCUUCGAUUGAUCACCAUUUAUUGGCUGAUACCGUUGAUCUUGCUCAGCUGGGUACCCGACUUGAAAUAUCUCGCGCCAGUUUCAAUGGUGGCGAACAUUUUCAUGGGCACGGGGCUCGGUAUAACAUUUUAUUAUUUAGUGUGGGACUUACCACCAUUGGACACAGUGCCUUUAGUGGCGCCCGUCGAGAACUUCCCACAGUUCUUCAGCAUCACUGUCUUUGCUAUGGAGGCGAUCGGCGUAGUGAUGCCGUUAGAGAACAGCAUGAAGACGCCGCAGCACUUCGUGGGAAUUUGCGGGGUCCUCAAUAAGGGAAUGUCCGGGGUUACGUUAGUAUACAUUUUCCUAGGAUUCCUCGGGUACGUGAAGUACCAGGACACGACGUUGGGUAGUAUCACUUUGAAUCUACCGACAGAAGAAAUUCCCGCACAAGUUGUGAAGAUAUUGAUCGCGUUAGCUGUGUUCUGCACAUUUGGUUUGCAAUUUUACGUGUGCCUCGAUAUCGGAUGGAAUACGAUAAAAAGUCGCUUCACCAAGAGGCCACGUUUAGCUAAUUACAUUAUGAGAACAGUGCUGGUAACUGGCGCAGUUCUUCUCGCGGUGGCGGUGCCGACGAUAGAACCGUUCAUCGGCUUGAUCGGUGCAUUUUGUUUCUCCAUCCUGGGCCUCCUGAUCCCAGUCUUCAUCGAGACCGUAACUUACUGGGACGUGGGUUUCGGACCGGGCAAUUGGGUGGCCUUGAAGAACGUAAUCAUAACCGUGAUAGGUCUAAUGGCGCUAAUAUUCGGAUCGCGCAGUUCUAUAAUGGAUAUAGUAGCAUUGUAUACUUGAUAGAGAAAAUACCUCAUUUAUCUUGUUAGGAAAAAAAUAAGUUUGUUACGUCUGCUCUCGAUAGACUAGCUAAUGUAUUUCAGAAUGAAUCAAACAUGGGGUUACGCUCGCGGGCGGGCGGACAUUGAACUACUGGACACGAUCGAUUUAUUUAGGUUAUGUACAGUAGUUCAGGUUUUCUUACACUUCAUGAAUACCGAGACUUUUCAAAUUUUGAUCGAAUUCUCUGGCUCUAAGUAUUUCGAUUUAACGUUUCAACAUUUAGGAUUUGUUUUCUUCGGUAAACCAUUAGCGUAUAUCUUUCGUUCCUAUACUGCAUAUUGUAAUAAAGCGUAGAAAAUUAGGGAACUUCCAAGAAUCUUAUACGACCGUAUGUAAAGAUCAGAAGUUGAUAAGGAACGUAGAUUUAGGAGUAAUGACAGUAUUCAAUAUCACUCAGCGAGAGGGGAAGAGAGAGUAUUCGUUGCUUUGCAACGGAUAAAUUAUAUCGCGGUCGUGAUACACGAAUAUCCGAAGAAGCAUUGAAUUUCCGUGCGAAAUAAUUUCUAUACUGUCGGGAUGUUCCAAUUCCAAGAGAUACGGCAAUUUUAAUUGACGAAGCGUCAAACUACUUAUCGGUUUGUGGAAGCAAUCUCCACAAUCUCGCUUUGCAGAAAGAAAUAUCUUGAGAAGCGCGUGUUAUGGGCACAUAUUUUUUCUUAAAUUCUCUAACACAGUGCAACUGUAUUGAUCGAAUACGGUUACAUUGUGUUACAGUCUCGACCAUGCUUUCACACAUAAUGUUGUAAUUUUAGUCAAUAUUUUUUCACAAAAGGAAAACAAUGUUAUAGAGAUUGAAUAACAGCAAUGUUCGAACAAAAACGACAGAUCUGUGUGAGAAAAUGUAAAUGUGCACGUGGAAGAAAUAUUACUCAAGCAAGAUGGGUCUUCCUGCAUUGCAUUUAAAAUUAACAUUACAAUAUGUCUUUGUAUACCAAUGUGCACAAGAGCCACGUGUACUAUGUAUCUUUCCCAUUUUUUUUUUAUUGAAUGGACAAGCGUUUGUACUGACACAAGUGGAAUUUUUAUUAUUUAAGAUACAAUUUGUAACACAAUGCACUGGCUGCAAUUAUGAAAUACGAGUAAUUUUACAUUUUACAGAG